UACUGUGUGUCAAGCUAGGGUUUUCACUUUGUGCAGUAGAAACUCCGGAAUGGCUCUCAAGGCUGAAAUCAAGACUUUAAAAGUUGAGGAUGCUAAAGAAGCACCUUUGAUCGUUUACAAAGCAGGCAAGCCUGACAGUACAAUAGUUGUCUCGGUGGAAACUCUUGUUGGUCCCAAAGGCGGGGUGGGUGAGAUUUGCCAUAUUGUUCUUGAUCACGGUGGCCAAUUUCAUUUCGUGGAAGGCCAAUAUCUUGGAGUAAUUUUCCCUCGGGAUGGUGAUAGUGAUUCAUUGCAUUAUAACCAAUUUUGCCUUGCACUUAACGCUUUCUCUAUCGCAUCAUGUAGAGAUGGAGAUUCUUUUGAUGGCAAGACACUCAGUUUGUGUGUUCGUCGCGCAGAACUGUCAGCAGAGAGUGCCAGUAACUACCUCUGUAACCUUAAAAAAGGAGACAAAGUUGAUAUUAAAGGCCCUUUUGGAGGACCAAUGGUAUUCCCAGAUGAUCCAGAAGCCAAACAUAAACAUAUCAUGGUUGCAACGGCAACUGGUAUUGCUCCUUUCCGCAGUAACAUCCAACGAUUGUUUGUAGAUCCAAAAUCAAUAGCUAAAUUCAAUGGACUAGCUUGGUUGAUCGCUGGCGCUGAUAACUAUAACAGCCUCCUUUACAGCCAGGAAUUCGCUGACAUCCUGGAUAAGAAUCCUGAUCACUUCAGCUAUGAGAGAGCCUUGAACAACUCUGUAGCUGACAGCAUCUACAAAAGCGGUGAUGAAAUUUUCACACUUUUGAAUGGAGGUGCAUAUAUAUAUUUCGCUGGAUCAAAGACGAUGAUGCCUGGAAUUCUUGAAACAUUUGAGAAAAUUGCUCAGGAAAGAGGGGUGAUUUGGGAAGAGAUGCUAAAGCGGCUGAUAGCAAAUGAUCAAUGGCGUGUUGAAGUUUACUAGAUAACUUCAACGCAAUGGUUUUAUGUUAAAUCGGUGACAAUGACAUUGAGUAAUAAUGUCUUUUAUCCAUUCUAGUUUAAUAAAUGUCACCUGCAUGUGUUUGUAUGGUUUCUAAGUCUGGUCAGAAUAUUAUUAAUGUAUGUCGCUCAGGGUCUUCUUCUUUCUUUGUUUACCUUUGUUGGUUAUUUCCAUCAUCAAUGAACUUUUAUUCCCGAUUUCUA